AUGGACACUGAACAGCUCCCAUCUUUCGUCACGGCGUCAGCGGUCGCCGACCCAACUACAUCUCUCCAGCAGCCGCAAUCUGGAUCUCCACACUCUCGCUCUCCUUCAGCAACCAGUACAGCAACGGAACGGCCCACAUUGCAUCUUGAUCAUGCUGCAUCUUACCCGAGGAAGCCACCAUCGAUCGACUCCAACUUUUCCAGUGUCCAAGGCAAGACUGCUGGGACCCCUCCUGACCACGGAGACGAUGCCGAGGUUGACCAAACGGUCAGCUCCAUCUGGGACGAGUCACAGACUGACAAAUUUGGACAAGUCGAGCAUCCUCCGGCCACACCUCUAGCUUCUUCUUCUCAGCAUCCUGUAGCAACACAGCAGCAAACACCAGCACCGAUUAGCAGACCAGACUGGAUGACGGAUGACCUUGACGAGUCUUGGCCGGACGAAGACCCUGCUACUCAAGCGACACCGACACCGAGCAAUGCGCAAGCUCCAGCUAGCACAACUGCUCCAAAUGAAGCACAACAAGCCAAUGUUCAGUCUAACCGCCCCCGGUCUCCUAUUCGUUCUGCAUUGCCAUCAGAUGCACUUGCGACCCCUUCAGCUGCAUCGCGGCCUAUACGCCUCGCAGCCAUUGCGAAUGACCUGCCCGACCCAGCCUUCUCCGCAGCUCGACAUCAAGCACGUCGCGCUUUGCUCAAAAGUAGAGCUUCCGGCGUUGGUGCACCAACUCCAAGAGCUCCCGCUGCCUCAUCCAUCAAUGCUUUGCAAGCUGGGCCCUCUACACCUUCCCUUCGCCUACCAAGCCACCUAAAUCGUCGAAAUCGUUUGCGUGGCAUCAAUGCAGAGGAACAAGGAGACAGCACCAUCUGGUCCGACUCUGAAUCCGAAUCCGACUCAGCCGGCUCUGCACCGGACGACUUUGAAAGUGCACGUGGUUCUCUCGCCGAGAACUCGCGCAUCACCAACAUGCAAACCGCUCCGCAAACCAGAUCUGUGCCACAACAGCAAACGCAGGCGCAAUCACCAACAGCAGCUUCAGAUGCUUCGAACGCAAAAGGGACAUUCAUUCACAAGGCAGACGUGUCGUCGUUGCCGCCCAUUCUGCGACCUGUAUGGCAAAGUCCAGCAAAGGGUCAGAACGGUCCGAAUCGGAAAGGCGUCACAGCGCUUGGAGGUGAUAUGUUCACCCCGAUGCGCCUGCAGACCAUGUUCAAGACACCCACACCGCCAGAGAAGCCGACGCAUCACAUCAUGUCUGUAGUGGCUGGUGCCGUCAACCCUUUCACAAUACCUGAAGCGCAGACUGCUGAUGGGAAAGAAGCGCCAACGGAGCAGCAACAACCGGCUGCACCGAAUAUUGAAGAGCGCGAGCGGGAGAGUGCUGCUCCUGACGAGGGGGUGUCUUCAACCCCACCGCAGGCGGUUGCAGCUACAGAGGCUGGAGCAACCACACAUACUGGUGUCCCCAGUACAGCAUUCACCUUCCAGACUCCACACGCAUCACUUGAUGCCCCACUGCACGUCGCCCGCGGUAUGGUCCCAUCACAGUCGCUUCACAACAUGCAGACCCUCCAUCCGGACAUGCACGCAACAGCCUUGGCCCGCCCAGCCUCUGCCGCAGCUGAUCUCGGCCUCCACUCGCCAGCUGUUGCAGGCAGGGCCGCGAACCUACUUUCGGGCCCUCCGACACCUCACACGCCGAUGCGUCUGUUCAACUUCAACUACGACAACGCUGAUACCCGUGCAAAGCUCGAAAAGAUGGUCAACGAAAGGACACCAUCGGCGGCACCACCACAACCACCAACACGGCCAGCAGAGGUAGAACGAGAGAGGAAGCGCCUUCGGUUAGAUGUCAAGCCAAGGAAGGUCCUGACAGGUGAUCUCAUGUCAAUGCCCACGCUCGGCGAACCUCUGACGUCCAACCAACAAUCAAAGCAAGCUGCAGAGGUGGAGGGAUCCAACUCUCAUCGGCAGCCUGUUGUUGACUAUGUCAAAGAGUCAAGCAACUUCAUGAGCGCACUUCAAGAUGCUGUACGUAUCCAGUCUGGGGGUCCCGACAUUUCGCCAGAGUGGGCUACGGAGGAGGAAGAGUCGUCUGGUAAUGGCGUUGGCAAUCAGGGCCAAGUCUCGUUCCAUCAAGGCAGAGUAGACCGAUCGAACUCUUCACCCGCCACUUCACCAGCAAGGCCUCGGCGGACUUUUGUCGUGAGUCAACGAAACCGUUUCACACCGCAAAAAGACAGCACUCGCGACGACAUCGUUCCAUCAGCACUCGAGCAUGGUAGCCCUCAGCGAUUGUCGUCUCGCAGGCUGCCAUCCGACUCUUCCUUCGUUACAGAGUCGGGCUCCAACGACAUUCCCAUGUCAUCCACACUCAAAUCUCGUGCAUCUCUAUCGCGACGCAUUGCUGAACAAGUCAAGGCGGGCGAAUCACCUCGCAAGCUUCUGCGUCGCAUCAGUGCAGCUGCCAUCGCCGAGGAAGAAGUGCGUCGAGAGUUUGACGAACAAGAGGCCGAGCCUGGAAGAGCUUGGGAACCGGCAAAGCUGGCUGAAGACGCGUUCGCCUAUCGCGACCAACAAAUUCGUCAGCUCGAAGAGCGUAUUGCAAAACGUCGACAGCUCUCCACACCUGCCAAGGCUGUGCCGCAGGUUCCACCGUCAGGAGAGGAGCCUCAUGCCGUAUCGAGGCCGCAGUUGAUCACUCUGCACGAACCCACACUGGAUGUCAUCGCGAGCCGAUGUCAAGCGCAGGACAUCGAUGGCUCUGACGAAGAGUCUGAUGUCGACGAGAGCGCGAUUGCCGAUCGAGACCGAAUGCAGCGAGAGGUGGAUGGCAACACGCGACGAUGCCAUGAUGGUAUUGUGUUGUAUGACUCGGAACGUAUUCCGAAUCCGCCACUGCCUGAUCCGACAAGGGCCUUACGCAAUAUGGCCUCUGCGGUUGAGUUGCGGAAUCGCGAGGUGGAUCGCGCUUCUCUCGCCCGCGCCUCUUCAUUGCUGGCCUUGCCGUCGCACACCGCCGCCGCCGCGGGUGUUCCUGCUGAAGAUGCGGACCUUGUGGCUAUUCGACGAGGCGAUCGAACGGCAUCGUCGAAUACACUGGUGGACCCUAGCAAUGCGCGCACAGUCUCUGGUGAUGUCGGAUCUCAGCCGACUAUCUCGGAUCUCGGAGGCAAGGGUGCCACCAUCACGCGAACAGGCAGCUUGUUCAACAUCAGCCAGAUCCCUGAACAGGAAAUUGAGAGUCUUGGCCGAGGCAGGCUGACCUUCAAUAAGGAGCUCAAUCGCUGGGAAAAGGUACCGAGAUUUCGCUCUUUGCAGGAAGGCUUGCGAUCAGCUGCAGGUUCUCGCAACGAGACCGUCGAAGGAGGCUUCCAUCAAGCACCACCGACCAGCAAAACGCCAAUUCCUGUCAUUCCUGAAGCAUCCGCUGAGGUCUCGAGGAGCAUCGACGUAUUCUCCGAGUCUGCAGAGGAGCAGCAAGCCCGAGCGCAGGCAGGUGGCCGUACCAACUCCUUCCAGCAGCGUCUUGGCAAUCUAACGCAGAACAACUUGAGCGCCGCUGAUGGCCGACAAAGCGACUCGAGUGAUCCGUUCAGGGGUUUUGAGAGCUUUGGUCAGAGCUCUCAUGCACCUGCUUCUGUCUCGAAUGCGGUGGAGGAAGAUGAAGAGUCAACACCCAAGCCUGUUAAGUCCAACAUGUUUGUCUCCCGUCAGCAGUACGGAGCAAAUAGGACACCGGCAGCGGCUGUACAGGCUGAUUCAGGUGCAGCUUUAGCUACAAAUGCUCAAGCUCAGCGUGAAACAACAAAGUCAACCAGCCCAGCAGGUGCUGCCAGCAUACCAAAGCCAACGGGUGCCAGUCCGAACCUGCUCGCUUCUCGCAUCUUAGCAGCCAGCACCGUGCCAAGGUCAAGCUCGUCGCUCCGAAACGUUGUCACUUACAGUCCAGAACCCACAGCCAGCAGCCGCCACUCGAGCUUAGGACAUCACGCAACCGAUGCUCGCGAUGAGCUUGUACCGGACGCGCCCGAUGGCUUUAGACACGAAGCUCAAGCUACAGCAACAAAACAAGCUCGCGAUUAUGCCGACGUCUACGCAACUCCUGACCGUCGCUUAGCGAACCAACAGCAUCUGGGUACACCAACACAUAGAGCUUCAGCUUACUCCAUCUCGACACCCAAAUCCAUCCUGAAACAACCGGCAGCGUUCCGUGGCGAAGCGCCCGCACGCCUGAAGGGUGCUUCGCACAACACUUUGGCCAACUCGGCAGUAGGCGGCGGCGGAACACCGAAUCGAACGAUAAGCUUUGCUGACCCACCGUCAACCGCGCACGCUCGAGAUUUAGGUUUAGCUCCAUCGGCACGCGUCAAAGGUUCUGUGCAGCGCGCUCAGACCAUUCUGGGGGGAGAGGAGGAUGGGUAUGCCGAUGACGGACGGACUCAGGCUAUAUCUUCGGCGCUCAAGGUGCUUGCUGAUUUAACGCUUGGCGAUGACACCGCUGUUUUGGCCUCGGUCAAUCCUUCACCUUCGAAAAUGCGUGACUUCGACGCAAACCGCUCGCAUUGGUCAUACUGCACGCUUCGACGACCACGGAAGACAAGGCCAGAGGAGGGAGAAGAAGGCGAUUUCAGCUGUGACAGGGCUGAAGACACUUAUGAUGAGUUGCACGGCUAUCCAGACAUGACACUGCUCACAGACGCCUCGUUCAACUUUGCGCACGACAAAGUGUUAGAAGCGAUCACAGACGUCGAGCCUUGGGAGCCUGGCUGGGACGAGUUGCAGGCAAUUGACCUCAGUCGUCGUCGUUUGGAGUCUUGCGUGCGAUUGAAGGAGUUUCUACCAGCACUAGAGGAGGUUGAUCUGCAGAACAAUGAGCUGUCCUACCUUACUGGUAUCCCUGUCUCAGUUCGUGUCCUCAACGUCAGCCACAACCGUCUCACACCCAUGGCUUCCUUCGGUCAUCUUCUGCACCUGGAAGAGCUCGACAUCAGCAACAAUCAGAUCGACUCUCUGUCUCACCUCAGCUGUCUCAAGCACCUACACACGCUCAAGGCGGACAACAACGACAUCAGCUCCCUCGACGGUAUCAACAAGAUCCGCAGCCUGGUCCACGUCAGUCUAUCAGGUAAUCGGCUCGAAGGCAUCCACCUUGCAACGACGCAAUGGGCAGGAUUGGAGACGCUCGACGCAUCGCACAACCAGCUCAUCUCCAUUCGAGGUCUACACAUGAAGCAUCGCCUCAAGUCGCUCAACUUGGAUCACAACGAUCUCAACAUGGUGGAUUUGACUCCUGCCAUGCCGAGGUUGAGGGUCUUGCGAGUGAGCGGAAAUCCGCGGUUGCAGGUGCUCGACGUCGCGCCUGCUAAGCGAUUGCGUACGCUCUAUGCAGAUUACUGUGACUUGGACCGUAUCCAGAAUCUGGACCAGCUCGAGCAUCUGGACAAUCUCAGUAUGAGACAGCAGGCAGACGCAGCGAUUGUUUGGCCUGCUGAUCAGCUGCGCGAUGUUCGCCGACUUUUCCUCUCGGGUAACGCUUUCCCACAAGGCAUCUCCACCACUAUCACCCCGGUUGAGCCUCGGAAGUCGCUCGUACCUGCCCCUAUCUCCGUCGUGCAGCCACUCCGAUUCCUUAACCUGGUUUACCUCGAGCUAUCAGCAUGUCAACUCAUGCAUCUCCCGGAAGAUCUCGCUGAAAUGGCACCCAAUCUCCGCUCACUCAACUUGGACCACAACCUCAUCUCCACCCUUCCCAGUCUAUCUGGUAUGCAACGUCUCAAACGUCUAAGUUUAGUAGGCUGUCGAGUGAAGAAGAGCAAAUCCAUCAUCACUGCCGUUCGAGGUCUUACCGAGCUUCAAGUCCUCGAUUGCCGUACAAACCCUUGCACUCUCGGUCUAUAUGCUCCGCUUAUCGCCCCCUCCGCUACUCCUUUGUACCGUGGAGCUGAAGAUGGAAUCCCCAACCUGGACUCUUUAGCCCCAUCGUGGCUUCCACCAGUCCCGAAUGCGCAGAUCGUCCAGCCCGACCAAGCCGCCCGACAGCGUUGGCUCGCAGUUCAAGCACAAAAAGAACAAGUCGAAUUGCUUGAGAAAUCGCAUUUCCAUAAACGUCGACCUCCUCUAGCAGAUUAUGCGAUUGAUCCGAACGCUACGCUAGCGAAGGAGGCGCUGGAGAAGGAAACAGCCAGAAGAACAGGGGUGGAUGGAGGUGCGAGUUAUUCCAGCUUAUUCCUUGCUGCGGACGCAAGAUUUGUAAAGACUCUGCCGAGGCAAUUCUAUGAGAGAAGAGUGCUGCAUAGGGGACUGUUGGCGAUGGCUUGCCCAAAGUUGAACUGGGUGGAUGGAUUGAUGGUGGAAGAGGAGGAGGUGGAGGAGGCGGAUAGGUUGGUUUCAAGUAGGAGGUUUGAUCGGGAGCCCGUGGCUUCGUAG